AUGGGACUCCCCAGGGGUUUUGUUUUCCUCCUACUCCUGUACCUGCUUCAGGAGUCAGACACUUCCUUGGUGAGGCUGAGUGAGAAUGGCUAUGAAGACGUUAUCAUUGCUAUUGAUCCUGCUGUGCCAGAAGAUGAAACAAUAAUUGAACGAAUAAAGGAAAUGGUGACUACAGCAUCUACAUACCUGUUUGAAGCUACAGAAAAAAGAUUCUUUUUCAAAAAUAUAUCUAUAUUAAUUCCUGAGAGCUGGAAAGGGGGACCUCAGUACAGGAGGCCAAAGCAGGAGAGCUACAAACAUGCAGAUGUUAAAGUUGCACCUCCUGCCCUCCCGGGCAGAGAUGAGCCGUAUACCCGACAGUUCACAGAGUGCCAAGAGAAAGCAGAAUAUAUCCAUUUGACUCCUGACUUCAUACUGGGAAAAAAAGAAAAUGAAUAUGGACCUUCAGGAAAAGUGUUUGUCCAUGAAUGGGCCCAUCUUCGCUGGGGAGUAUUUGAUGAGUACAGUGAAGACCAGCCCUUCUACAGCGCAUCAUCAAAGAAAAUUGAAGCAACAAGGUGUUCCACAGGUAUCACAGGUGUGAAUAGAGUCUAUAGAUGCCAAGGAGACAGCUGUACAAGCAGAAGUUGCAGAACUAAUUCCACCACAAAAUUAUAUGAAAAAAGUUGUCAAUUCUUCCCUGACAAAGUCCAAUCAGAAAAGGCAUCCAUAAUGUACAUGCAAAGUAUCGAUUCUGUGACUGAAUUCUGUAAAGAAGAAAACCACAAUCGAGAGGCUCCAACUCUACAUAAUCUGAAGUGCAGUUAUAGAAGCACGUGGGAUGUAAUUAGCAGUUCUGAGGAUUUUAUUAACAGCAUGCCCAUGGAGACUCCACCCUCUCCACCCACCUUCUCAUUGCUGAGAAUCAGUGAAAGGAUCACAUGCCUAGUUCUUGAUGUGUCUGGGAGUAUGGCUGUUUCUGAUCGCCUCAAUCGAAUGAACCAAGCAGCACGGUAUUUUCUAAUGCAGAUCAUUGAAAAUAGGUCCCAGGUAGGAAUGGUACACUUUAACCACCAGGCCAAUAUUAAAAGUCAGCUGAUCCAAAUAAACAGUGACACUGAGAGAAGCCAGCUUCUGGAAACCUUGCCUACAGUGGCCAGUGGAGGGACUUCCAUCUGCUCUGGAAUUCGAGCUGCAUUUGAGGUAUUUAAAAAUGGAGGUUUCCAAACAGAUGGGACUGACAUUGUGCUGCUGACUGAUGGAGAGGACAGUACUGCAAAAGACUGUAUUAAUGAGGUGACAGAGAGCGGCUCCGUAGUUCAUUUCAUUGCCUUGGGACCAUCUGCUGAUAUCGCUGUAAAAAACAUGAGCAUCCUAACAGGAGGCAAGCAUUUAUUUGCUUCAGAUCUAGCCCAGAACAACGGUCUCAUUGAUGCUUUUGGGGUUCUUGCUUCAGAAAAUGCUGAUGUCACCCAGAAGUCACUUCAGCUUGAAAGUAAGGGAGUCGUGUUGAGCAAUGGUCUCUGGCUGAAUGACACUGUAGUGAUUGACAGCACAGUGGGAAAGGACACAUUCUUUCUUGUCACCUGGAUGAAUGCAGCUCCUGGCAUUUCUCUAUGGGAUCCCAAAGGAACACAAAUCACAAAUUUCACAGUGGAUGUGGCUUCCAAAAUGGCCUAUCUCAGCAUCCCAGGAACAGCUCAGGUGGGCGUUUGGACUUACAGCCUGGAAGCCAAAGCAAACCAAGAAAUACUAACAAUUACAGUAACCUCCCGGGCAGCAAACUCUUCUGUGCCACCAAUCAUUGUAAAUGCUAAAGUGAACAGAGACACUAGCAGUUUCCCCAGCCCAAUGAUUGUUUAUGCAGAAGUCCUACAAGGGUACACACCCAUCAUUGGAGCCCACGUAACAGCUAUCAUAGAAUCAAAUAGUGGGAAAACAGAAGAGCUGGAGCUGCUGGAUAAUGGUGCAGGGGCUGAUACUUUCAAGGAUGAUGGUGUCUACUCUAGGUACUUCACCGCUUAUUCAGAAAAUGGCAGAUAUAGCUUAAAAGUGCGGGCGGACGGAGGAGCAAAUUCUGCCAGAAGCUUAUGGCAUCCAUCCAGUAGAGCUGCCUACAUACCAGGCUGGGUCGUGAAUGGAGAAAUUGAAGGGAACCCACCCAAACCUGAAACAACUGAGGCUACUCAUCCAGUCCUGGAGAAUUUCAGAAGAACAACAUCUGGAGAUGCAUUUGUGGUAUCCAAUAUUCCAUCUUAUCCAUUGCCUGACCAGUACCCUCCAAGUCAAAUCACAGACCUUCAUGCCACAAUUGAUGGGGAAGAGAUUAGUCUAACAUGGACAGCACCGGGAGAUGAUUUUGAUGUGGGAAAAGUUCAACAGUAUAUCAUAAGAAUGAGUGAAAAUAUCAUUGACCUAAGAGACAAUUUUGAUGGGGCUCUUCAAGUUAAUACGACUAACCUGUUACCAAAUGAAGCCAACUCCAAGGAAACCUUUGCCUUUAAACCAGAAAACAUCUCAGAAGAAAAUGCAACCCACAUCUUCAUUGCCAUUCAAAGUGUCGACAAAAGCAAUUUGACAUCGAAACUGUCCAACAUCGCUCAAGUAGCACUGUUCACGCCUCAAGCAGAGCCUGAUCCUGACGGUCCUGGUAGUCCCGACGGUCCUGGCAUUAGUAUUUCCACUAUUGUGCUGUCUGUGGUGGGCUCUAUUGUACUUGUUUGUAUUAUUUUAAGUGCCACUAUUUGUAUCUUCAAGAACAGAAGGUCCUCAUCAAGAGCUGUGACAACAUUUUGA